CUGGUGGAUGCGAGGGCUCCGAGGCGACGGCCGGGGGGCGGGGGCCGAGGCAGGUAUAACGGUACCGGCGGAGGCAGCGGCUCCUCAGGAGGGGCGCCAAUGGCGAGCGAGAAGCCGGGCCCGGGGCUCGAGCCUCAGCCCGUGGGGCUCAUCGCCGUCGGGGCCGGCAGCAGCAGCAGCGGCAGCGGCAGCGGCGGAGGUGGCGGUGGUGGUGGCGGCGGCGGCGGGGGCAGCAGUGGCAGCGGUGGCAGCAGUGGCGGCGGGGCCGGUGGGAUGGGAGAGCUGAGGGGGUCGUCCGGCUCCGGCUCGGUGGUGCUCCCCGCGGGGAUGAUUAACCCUUCGGUGCCGAUCCGCAACAUCCGGAUGAAAUUCGCAGUGUUGAUUGGACUCAUACAGGUCGGAGAGGUCAGCAACAGGGACAUCGUGGAGACGGUGCUUAACCUGCUGGUUGGUGGAGAAUUUGACUUGGAGAUGAAUUUUAUUAUCCAGGAUGCUGAAAGUAUAACAUGCAUGACAGAACUUUUGGAGCACUGUGAUGUAACAUGUCAAGCAGAAAUAUGGAGCAUGUUUACAGCCAUUCUACGAAAAAGUGUUCGAAAUUUACAGACUAGCACAGAAGUCGGGCUAAUUGAACAAGUAUUGCUGAAAAUGAGUGCUGUAGAUGACAUGAUAGCAGAUCUUCUAGUUGAUAUGUUGGGGGUUCUUGCCAGCUACAGCAUCACUGUCAAGGAAUUGAAGCUUCUGUUCAGCAUGCUUCGAGGAGAAAGUGGAAUCUGGCCAAGACAUGCAGUAAAAUUACUGUCAGUUCUUAAUCAGAUGCCACAAAGACAUGGUCCUGAUACUUUUUUCAAUUUCCCUGGUUGUAGUGCUGCGGCAAUUGCAUUGCCUCCUAUUGCAAAGUGGCCUUAUCAGAAUGGCUUCACCCUAAAUACUUGGUUUCGUAUGGAUCCAUUAAAUAACAUUAAUGUUGAUAAGGAUAAACCUUAUCUUUAUUGUCUACUUCAGUUUUAUGAGCACAACAGGCACUUACAUACUUUUAAAAAUAGUAAUCAGUGA